AUGGCCAACAUUUGGCCUCAACUAGUGUGUGCCUUGGCACUAUGCUUGCUGGCUGCUCAAGUAGCUGCUGAUAAAGACGACCUUUACGAAUAUUCAUCACCGCUACCACCUAUAUUACCUUAUUAUCCUCCUGCAUAUUACUACAAAUCUCCACCACCACCACCACCUUCCCCACCUCCACCAUAUAUUUACAAAUCCCCACCACCUCCAUCACCUUCACCUCCUCCCCCUUACGUCUACAAGUCUCCACCUCCCCCAUCUCCACCUCCCCCUCCCCCAUACAUUUAUAAGUCUCCUCCUCCGCCAUCUCCUUCACCACCUCCACCUUAUGUCUACAAGUCCCCACCACCUCCAUCACCAUCUCCACCUCCACCUUAUGUUUACAAAUCUCCACCUCCACCUCCACCAUCACCCCCUCCCCCUUACAUUUAUAAGUCUCCUCCUCCACCAUCUCCAUCACCACCUCCACCAUAUGUCUACAAGUCCCCACCACCCCCAUCACCAUCUCCACCACCACCAUACAUCUAUAAGUCAUCACCCCCACCAUCUCCUUCACCACCUCCACCUUAUGUCUACAAGUCCCCACCACCUCCAUCACCAUCUCCACCUCCACCUUAUGUUUACAAAUCUCCACCUCCCCCAUCACCAUCACCCCCUCCCCCUUACAUUUAUAAGUCUCCUCCUCCACCAUCGCCUUCACCACCUCCUCCAUAUGUCUACAAGUCCCCACCACCCCCAUACAUCUAUAAGUCACCACCUCCACCAUCACCUUCCCCACCUCCACCAUAUGUUUACAAAUCCCCACCACCUCCAUCACCUUCACCUCCUCCCCCUUACAUCUACAAGUCUCCACCUCCCCCAUCUCCAUCACCCCCUCCCCCUUACAUUUAUAAGUCUCCUCCUCCACCAUCACCUUCACCACCUCCUCCAUAUGUCUACAAGUCCCCACCACCCCCAUCACCAUCUCCACCACCCCCAUACAUCUAUAAGUCACCACCUCCACCAUCACCUUCCCCACCUCCACCAUAUGUUUACAAAUCCCCACCACCUCCAUCACCUUCACCUCCUCCCCCUUACGUCUACAAGUCUCCACCUCCCCCAUCUCCACCACCCCCUCCUCCUUACAUUUAUAAGUCUCCUCCUCCACCAUCUCCUCCACCACCUCCACCUUAUAUGUACAAGUCCCCACCACCUCCAUCACCAUCUCCACCUCCACCUUAUGUUUACAAAUCUCCACCUCCCCCAUCUCCCUCACCCCCUCCUCCGUACAUUUAUAAGUCUCCUCCUCCACCUUCUCCUCCUCCACCCCCUCCCUAUGUCUAUAAGUCCCCACCACCACCAUCACCAUCUCCACCACCACCAUACAUCUAUAAGUCCCCACCUCCACCUCCACCUCCACCAUCACCAUCACCUUCACCUCCACCUCCACCACCAUACAUCUACAAGUCCCCGCCACCUCCAUCACCAUCACCUCCCCCACCAUACAUCUACAAGUCCCCGCCACCUCCAUCACCAUCACCUCCUCCCCCUUAUAUGUACAAGUCUCCACCUCCCCCAUCUACGUCUCCCCCUCCCCCAUACAUUUAUAAGUCUCCUCCUCCACCACCUCCAUCAUCACCACCUCCCUAUAUCUACAAGUCUCCACCACCCCCAUCACCAUCUCCACCUCCUCCAUAUGUCUAUAUGUCCCCACCACCCCCAUCACCAUCUCCACCACCACCAUACAUCUAUAAGUCACCACCUCCACCUCCACCUCCACCAUCACCUUCCCCACCCCCACCUUAUGUCUACAAGUCCCCACCACCUCCAUCACCAUCUCCACCCCCACCUUAUGUUUAUAAUUCUCCACCACCACCAUCUCCAUCGCCACCUCCUCCCUAUGUAUAUAACUCCCCACCACCACCACCAUCAUCACCUUCACCACCUCCUCCCUACAUCUAUAAAUCCCCACCACCGCCUUCUCCCUCACCACCCCCUCCUCCAUAUUACUAGACAAAUUAAAUUAUGUUUUUUAUAUUCAUAUUAUGUAUUUAUGAAGACAAUAAUUGCUGCAAGAAGCACUGAAAUGAUUUCUUGGUGGCUCAUAUUCAUUCAUUCUGUCUCAAUGAAACACCCUUCUCAAGAGCUAGAACGAGCAACGUGAACUUGAUGCUUCGCAGUGUUUAUAGAAAGAGACUUUUUCUCUGUUCCAGUUUCAUUACUCCAUCGGUUCAUGUCUGUAAUGGAGUGAUUAUUUUUGUUGUAUGUUCGCUUCUUUUAUACUUAUUAUUAUUAUUAUACGCCCUUAAAUAUUUCCUCAAGCCCUUCAGCAAUUAAAUUUGAAUUGAAUAUGAUCUCUUCCCGCUUGAAUUUCU